UCAGAGCUUGAGAAAAACAAGAAGAAGAAGAAGAAAGAAUAAACGAGAGAACUCAAUGACGAGGAAGAAAGUGAAAUUGGUUUGGAUUGCAAGCGACAAUGCAAGAAAAGCCAGUUUCAAGAAGCGAAGGCUCGGAUUAUUAAAGAAAGUUAGUGAACUCACCACUCUCUGUGGCGUUUAUGCCUUCGCCGUCAUUAAUGGCCCCGACGAAGACCAUCCUGUCAUCUGGCCAUCCCUCUCCGCCGCUCAACACCUCUAUCGCCGCUUCCACAGCCUUCCGGAAGUAGAACGCCAGAAGAAAAUGACGAACCAAGAGACCUAUCUCAAAGAACGCACCACCAAGACUCAAGAUCUGUUAAAGAAACACAUCAAGAAGAAUCAAGAACUCGAACUCGAUCUCCUCAUGCAUCAAUUGCAUCAAGGUCGUCAGAUUUACCAACUCACCAACGGCGAAUUGCUUGGAUUGUUCUGGAUGAUCGAGGAGAGGAUAAGAGACUGUCGAAAACGAAUCGAGUAUCAUCAUCAGGUUCAUCGUCUUCCUCCUCCUGGACUUGUUACUUCUAACUCUCCUCUGCUUGAAACAGAGAACAAUGAGAUGGAUCUGAUUGAUAAUGGAAGGAAUUUGAUGGAUCAAUGGUUUAUUGAUAUGGUGAUGAACACCAACGAUAAAAUUGGUGGAAGUAGUAGUAGUAUGGCAGGGGAGUUAGGGUUCGUUCAAGCGGAAGGGAACGGAGUCGACUUGAUGAAUGGAGGAGGAAGUUCCAUGGUGGAGGUCAGCGAAAUAGGCGGAACGGGAACGAUUAUCGUAGAAGGAGAUGGUGAGGAGAACAAUUUGCUAUCGGAAUGGAAUUUUGGGGGAAAUGACGAUUCUGGAAUGAGUGAGAUUGAGAAGCUUGUGAACGAUAUCGGUGGCGUUGGUGGUCAUGUUGAGCUUAAUGCUAGUUCAAUGGAUUUGAGUCACGAACAAGGCGAUUUUGGAAUCAACUGCAACGUCGUCGGAGGUCCCAUGGGGAGUCUGUAUACCGAUGGCGUUGAGGUGAAUGAUGAUGCAGAGAUGAUGCUUCAUGGAUUGUAUGAAAAUGGAAUAAGUGGGGAAGAAAAUGUGAAUCAAAAUGGAAACGAUCAGAAUGAAUUAGAAGAAGAUGAUGAAGUUGAAGAUGAAGAUGAUGAAGAUGAUCUUCUAAGCAAGGAAUGGUCAAACAACUUUACUCCAUGAUUGUUGCUAAUUAACUAUCGUUUAAUUAAGCUCUUAAUAAUGGAGAAAUUUAAGCUCUUAAUAUAUAAAUAUAAUUAUGUAUUAUGUUGGUAUGAAUUAUGAA